UCACACAAACGUGGAGAGUUCGGGUUUUAAAUCCGUGAUUGUGUAGUAGUUUGGGCGCUUUUAGACUUGCUUUGCUUUUAUAAAGGCUUUGCUUUUGGGUUCAUAGAUCAGACAGUGUUAGUAAUCUGCUGAAUAUCUUCUUUUUCUAACUUUUAUAACUAUCUUUAUAAACUAACUCCAAGACAGCAGGCAAAACUAAACCUCGGUGCACACCAGGGAGGGAUUUGUGGAGCUCAAAGAUGGCGGCCUCCUUGCUGAGAAUAGGUCGGCUCGGCUCUCUGAAGGCUCUGCAGGUGGAAAGCUGGGGUGCACUAACAAGAGCUCCAGCAGUUGCUUUUAGUUCAAAAUCUGGAGACAGCAAGAAGUCCAAAAAGUCAAACAAAGAAAAGGCCACGGCAAAAACGUACUUCGAUAUAGAAAAGCUCGUUCAACACAAAUCCUAUGUGGAAUUCCCUCAGAAGAAGGUUGCAGCAUCAGCUGCAGCUGCCACAGCUGCACAAGCUGCACCUCCUGCACCUGCAGCCCCUUCUAUGCCUGAGGCUGUAGUUCCUGAGCCUGCUCCUGUUGUAGACCCAGCACCUGUUGCAGAAGUUGCUGCUGUUGCAGCUGAAACCGCACCUGUUGUUGAAGUUGCAGCCGCUGCCCCUGUGGCUGAAGCUAUCCCUGUUGCAGCCGAAGCAACAGCCGCUGCAAGCGAAGCUGCGCCGGUUGCGGAAGCUGUAGCUGCAGAAGAGUCUGUUGCAGCUGCACCGAAGCCUGAGGUGAUUGCUUCUACUACUGACACUGUUGUCCCGGAAGCCCCAGUGGCAGCACCUGCAGCUGCACCAGAACCUAUUGUGGAAGCGGCAACUCUUGCACCAGAACCUGCACCAGAACCAGCAGCUGCUGCACCAGAACCUAUUGUAGAAGCAGCACCUCCUGCACCAGAGCCUGCACCAGAACCAGCAGCUGCUGCACCAGAACCUAUUGUAGAAGCAGCACCUCCUGCACCAGAACCUGCGACAAAACCAGCAGCUGCUGCACCAGAACCUAUUGUAGAAGCAGCACCUCCUGCACCAGAACCUGCGACAGAACCAGCAGCUGCUGCACCAGAACCUAUUGUAGAAGCAGCACCUCCUGCCCCAGAGACUGUGACAGAACCAGCAGCUGUUGCACCAGAACCUAUUGUAGAAGCAGCACCUCCUGCCCCAGAGCCUCCUGUGGAAGCAGCAGAGCCUGUACCAGCCCCUGAAGCAGCUGCACCAGAGCCUAUUGUGGAAGUAGAACCUCCUGCACCAGAGCCUGUGACUGAACCAGCAGCUGCUGCACCAGAGCCUACUGUGGAAGCACCUGUGGAAGCAGCACCACCUGCACCAGAGCCUCCUGUGGAAGCAGCACCAGAACCUGCCCCCGAAGCAGCUGCACCAGCCCCUGCAGAAGUUGCCUCUGAAGUUGUAGCAGAAGCUCCACCUGCCAUAGAGGCUGAGGCGGCUCCAGUGGCUGAUGCAGUAGCUGAGGCAGUCAUAGAAGCUGCUGCUGAAGUAGUAACUGAAGCUGUCGUUGAAGCUGUCCCCGCUGUGGCAGAGGUUGUAGAGGUUGUAGCUGAAGCUGUGGCUGAAGCUGCUGUAGAAGCUGCUGCUGAAGCUGCGUCGGAAGGGGCCCCUGCAGAGGAGCUGUUAGAUGCCGCAGCCGCGAUUACAGAUGCCGCCGAAGCUCCCAUUGAAGUUGUGGAAGCGCCUGAGGCUGGAUUGGACCCCAUUCAGAGACUCUUCCUGGAUUCAAUUCGUGACUACUCCACCCAGAGCAAAUCUUCUGGUGGACUAGUUGAUGCUGGUCCUGAGUACCAGAAGGCCCUGGCUGAAGAAAUUGCCAAGCUGCAGAGGUUAUACGGUGGUGGUGACCUGAAUUCCUUCCCAGAGUUCAAAUUCCCUGAGCCCAAACUGGAUGAAGUAUCUAGCAAGUGAACAGCCAGUCCUAAAGACAACCCCAUCCUGUGCCUGCCUUCACUGAAUAUGGUGUCUUUUUUCCUGAGUCAACCUCUUUUGUAGUAGAUUUGUAACAGAUAGUUCAUGAACCUUUAAAACCUUUUCACCAGUUUUAUGCAACUAAUUAAUCUGUGUAUUGACUGCACAGUUUGGAAGAUAUUAGCUGUGAGCUUUUAGCUGUGAGAUAUUGCUUAUGCAAGCUGUGAGUUUGAAAGGGAUUAGUACAUACACCGAUCAGCCAAGCAUUAAACUCACCUGCCUAAUUUAAGACCUCAGGUGGUGCCCAUGUUUUCUUUCAACACAACAAUUUCAAGAACUGACUUGUUCACUUGCUGUGUAAUAUGUAGCUCCAGCCACUGUAGCUAAGUAAUCAGUGUCUUUAAACUUCACCUGUCAGUGGUUUUAAUGUUAUGGCUGAUGGGUGUAUUGUUAGUAGUUUAAAAAGAGACUGAUAAAAUGAAAAAACACAUCAGUAUAUAUUUUCACUCUGGUCUGUGUGUGUCUGAUUUCGUCUAGACUGAGAUACUGUGAAUAAAUUGUAUUAAAGUUUGAA